CGCGAAAAAACGCCGCGAACACUUUUAUAUUUCAAACGUAAUUUUAAAUGGCAUUUGAAUAUCGCGCGCAAAUAACGGUCACAAAAAUGGCGGGAAAUGGUGACGUGUAUAAAAAAUGUUUUAAUGGAACGUGUACCGUGGGGGUUAAUAAGAAGAUAAAAGGAUCUAUAGCUAAAAAAGCAGAGGCAUAUUUACACGCAGUGGAAAAGAGUCAAAAACAUAGAGUGACUCGAAGCCAAAAACCGAACAUGCCGAGGCUGGAGGUGGUGUCCCGGGUGGCCGCCAUCCCGAUUGUAGAGUCCGGCAUUGGCGUCACAGAGAAAUUGUACUUCAAAAUUAAGGAGUCAAACCCAUUGUUCCGCUGGUACCUCUCCUUCGGGGAGAAAUCCCUGGCAACGGGUUUGCAACUGGCGAUGCCCGCGGUGCAGAUGCUGGAGACGCCCAUCAACCAGCUAGACAGGUUCCUCUGCAAGUCAUUGGACGUAGUGGAGAAACGAGUGCCGUCUAUAUACAUGCCACCACAAGCUAUGUAUUCGGAAACCCGUCAGUACGUUCUGCGGCGCGCAGACUCUGUGAAGCAACUGGGCGAGGCGGUCCUGGACUCCAGGGUCACGGCUGCGACCGCCACGGCGCUGGACCGCGCGCUCACCACCGCCGACAAGUACGUCGACAAGUAUCUACCUCCAGACAACCAGGACGCGGCUGACGUGGUGAUCAUAGUGACGAAUGCGGAUGCUGUGGAUGGAGCGGAUGGCGACUCGGGGCGCGCCCGCGCAGCACAGGCGGUUCAACAUGGUGCGCGCCUGCGCAGGAAGCUGCAGCGCAGGCUCACUAGACAGGCGCUCGCUGAGGCCAAGGCACUCAAGGAGCAGAUACACGUGCUCGUCUACGUUGCGGAACUGGUCGCAACGGACCCUGUCCUCGCAUGGAAGAAGGCCAAGGAGCUGUACGCGACGCUUAGCCAGCCGGAGCCAGAGAACCAGGCGCGGCCAGCCACGCUCGAGGAGCUGGUGGUGCUGCUGUCGCGAGAGACCGCCAGAAAAGUGGUCCAUCUCGUCAACUAUACACAUACUGAUCUACCCAGGAACGUCCGUCAAGCCAUGUCGAUAAUCACGAAACAGCUGUCAGCAACUGCUGAUGCAGUGAUGAAGUCGGUGCCAGUGGAAACAGCUCUAUCUGAGGUCAAGGGCUGGCGUAGCAAGCUGCAGACCCUACUUGAGCAGCUGCAGUCGACAUCUAAAGUCUACCUUGAACACCUGGCUAUCUUCUUGGCGGGAAACGAAGAGCGUGAAAAGAUUGCUCCGAGAUCGGCUUUUGGUACACGAGACGCAUUAGCGGCUAUCAACGGGCUGAACUGAUCAUAAUAAUAUAUUUAUUAUAAGAGAACUUAGGUUAAGGCCAUUGUAUGAACAUGAACAACUAACUUCCAUUUUCACCACUAAGGAAGCCAUAUUAGGUUGAUAUAGGUAAACACAUUAUCCAGUGAUAUUAAGAUUAAAUUAGCUAAAAUUCAAGUUUUCAUACUAAUAUACUUAAAUGCGAAAUUUUGUGUUUUUGUGCAAUUUUUUCAAUUUGAGUGCUAGAUUUUUUUUAUCAAAAUUGCUCUAUCUUCACUUAAAAAUAUGACUUACUUAAGACAAUUAUAAUUAAUAUGACCACUUUACUCAUGAAUCUCAAAAAUAUAUGUUUUUGAAUAACACGUUUAUAAUUGAAUUAUUAUUUUAGAAAUAUUUUUAAAUAAAUGUACGUAUGUAGAGCCUGUGCUUAAUAGCGCGAAAGAACAAUAAUGUACUCAUAUUGUAUUUAUAAGCAAAUAAACGAUUUUAGGUUGAA